UGGUGCAGUGAUGUCACUUGUGACAUCAGAAUCUAAUGAGUAGCACCCACUACCUGCAAGAAGCUACUGGGCCUGCAAGAUGGACACUCAGAUUAAAGUGCAGAGAGUUCAGCAGCUAAAAGAGCGUCUUGGCCACACGCAGGAUCCUAGAAAGAUUUCCAAGGCUCUCAAGAGCUUACAGGAACUUGACAUCUCAUUGGAUAUUCUUGUGGAAACGGGAGUUGGAAAAACUGUGAACAGCUUUCGCAAACACAGUGAUGUGGGUGACAUUGCUAAAUCUAUUGUUCUUCAGUGGAAGAAAUUGGUUCCUGAGGUGAAGGAACAUGACCACAAAUCAAAAUCCAAGCAUGAAGUAAAAGAUCUUUUGGAAGAUAAGAAGUUGCUCCUGCAAGAUAAAGACCGGUAUAAUGGAAAUAUAUGUGAAUCUCAACUUGAUGUCAAAAAAAGGAAGGCGACCAAUAAAACUGAAGACGCAAAAAGCUAUGAUAAAAAACAUCUGCCCAAAGAAAAGUCCCCUGAGAAAAAUAUGCAACACAAAGAGCACAAACUUGAAAAACCUCAUUCAAAUUCCCAAUCAAAAAGAGAAAAGUCCAAAAAUGUUGAGCCUGAGGAGAAGUUGGAUAAACAUUCUCACUUAUCCAGUGUUGAAAUAAACGCAAAGUGCUCUACAAAGAAUGAAGGCAAGCCUUCACAACAUAACAGACAUAAUAAAAAGGAAGCUGCACGUCAGAGCAAUGUUAUGCAAAGUGUUGACAAAAAAACAGAAGGUCUGUUGCCUGCUGAGGAGUUUGAAGCCCCCACAAUGUCAUUUGAGUCAUAUCUUAAUUAUGACAAAGUUUCAAGCAAAAGAAAAAGGAAAUUGAAGUCAGUCAAUGAAUCUCCAAGAAAGAUUCAAGUGUGCAAACAAUAUGCUAAUGUGGAACUGCUCAAAUCUGUAAGCCAGAGUAGCUCAGAAAAGACAGGGGAUCAUGUGACAGAGGUCAAGAAAAGUUGUCUUGAAGAUUUACUUAAUGUCCCACUUCCUAAAAUUUUACCAGAUGAUGCUCUCCUGCUGUCUCCACCUCAUCUAAGUGAAUGCAGAGUGAAUGUUCCAGAGCCCUUGCCUGAAAUGAGCUCGGUGUCGAGUGGUUUUACUGGGCGCCGCCUAAAUUCAAAAAUGUUGGUCUACUCUGGUUCCAAAAUAAGUUACCUUCCAAAGAUGCUGAACUUAUACGAACAAUGUAUCCGUGUUCUUCAGAAUAAUAUUGACUCCAUCCAAGAAGUUGGGGGUGUACCUUUUGAAAUCCUUAAACCAGUUCUUGAGCGCUGUACUCCAGAGCAGUUGAAUCGAAUUGAAGAAUGUAAUCCGGUGUUUAUUGAGGACUCGGACCAUCUGUGGAAAAAACACUGCAACAGAGAUUUUAAAAAUCAUCAACUUUUGGAAUAUGAGUCUUGGCGAGAGAUGUAUUUAAGACUUUUUAGUGAGAGAGAAAAAAAGUUGAGAAUGAUCACACAUAAUAUAAGCUCUGCACAUUCUGGCAAACCGAAAGGUCGGCAGGUAAAACUGGCUUAUAUCCAUAGUGCAGCCAAGCCUCCACGGAACAUUCGCCGUCAGCAAGAAAUUUAUGGAACUGCUGGACCUAUUGCACAGCCUCAUCCUAUAGACAAAUACAAGUUACAAAAAUCUGAAUCAAAGGAAACGGUCUCAAUUCAAAGCCCAAGUGUACCCACUAAUACCGCUGUGGCAGUGCCUGUAGGUAAUAGCCAAUUUGGUUGUCAAAAUCAAGAUCCAAAAAAGACUGCAAGAAGAAUUGCACCAAUGAUGGCAAAAUCCAUGCGAGCGUUCAAGAACAGAGUAGGACCAAGAUAAGUUUUAAGAUCCUGUGAGGAAAUUGAAAACAACAAAAUGUUAAUAUAUAAUUUUUCCUUUUUUUUUUUUUCUUCAAUGCUUGGUGCCUAGAAAAAGUAUUAAUUCAAUUAUGAAUGAAUUGGUUUAUAUUGUAUUCUAAUAAAGUAUAAUACUAGAACUGUCAAA